AAAAAAUAUUUUGGAGAAUCUCAUUCUGCGUACGCAGGCAAAUUUCCGGCAGGCGCAACACUUCUGCAGGCACAGAACAACAGCCAGGAUGCUUUCGGCCAGGCGACACACUUCGGGAGUCUAUUACGUUUGAGGCAUCUCGUCGCACAAUGAGAAACCGGUCGGGCUCUCCAGCCCGCUCCGAGAAUGAGUUCGAUAUAGGCUCCGCCUUGGUUGGCAGCGAUGUCGAAUCCGACGGCCAACACUCGAAUCAAGGGGAUGGAGGGUUUCAAGGCCAUUUGGAUGUUAUGGCGGGGGAGUCUGGAUCUGAUGAUGAGGCUGUCAUCGCCGCACAGCAAGCGGCAGCGAAUCGCAAGGCCUCGAAUCUCAAGGGACGAACCGUGAAGAAGGGCGGUGGAUUUCAGGUCAUGGGUCUUAAUGCAAAUCUACUGAAGGCGAUCACAAGAAAAGGGUUCUCCGUACCUACCCCUAUCCAACGCAAGACGAUUCCUCUUCUUCUCAACGACAAGGACGUGGUGGGCAUGGCACGAACUGGUUCGGGCAAGACGGCUGCUUUUGUCAUACCAUUGAUCGAAAAACUGAAAGCGCAUAGCACCAAGGUGGGUGCCAGAGCCCUGAUCCUGUCGCCGUCGAGGGAACUGGCUUUGCAGACACUUUCGGUCGUCAAGGAGUUGGGACGUGGCUCAGAUCUAAGGUCAAUCCUGCUUGUUGGUGGUGACAGUCUUGAAGAACAAUUUUCCGCAAUGUCCAAUAACCCCGACAUAAUCAUUGCGACGCCAGGACGGUUCCUACAUUUGAAGGUCGAGAUGGGUUUGGAUCUCAUGAGCAUGAGAUACGUCGUGUUCGACGAGGCUGAUCGUUUGUUCGAGAUGGGUUUUGCUGCACAAUUGACAGAGAUUCUUCACGCCCUACCAGCCUCCCGUCAGACGCUGUUGUUCUCAGCCACACUACCCAAGUCUUUGGUCGAGUUUGCACGCGCCGGGUUGCAAGAUCCCGUCCUUGUCCGUCUCGAUGCAGAUAGCAAAAUAUCACCCGACCUCCAGAGUGCAUUCUUCACUCUCAAAUCUUCGGAAAAGGAAGGAGCUUUGCUGCACAUCCUUCAGGAUGUUAUCAAAGUCCCUACAAGAUCUCAACUUAUCACUACAUCCACUUUCACAGAGGGUUCAAAGCCAGGUAAGAAGAGAAAGAGACAGGAUGGAGAAGAAGACACUCGACCCAGCUCCAAUCCCUAUUCCACCAUCGUAUUCGCCGCAACCAAACAUCACGUCGAGUACCUGGCACAGCUCCUUCGGCUGGCUGGAUACGCCGUGUCAUAUGUCUAUGGUACCCUUGAUCAAACAGCCAGAAAGGAUGAGGUUAAUUCUUUCCGGAGUGGGAAGACAAACGUCCUCGUGGUGACUGACGUAGCUGCCCGAGGAAUCGAUAUUCCCGUCCUGGCUAACGUGAUCAACUAUGACUUCCCGUCGCAACCCAAAAUCUAUAUUCAUCGAGUCGGCCGGACAGCAAGAGCUGGACAGAAAGGCUGGAGUUACAGUUUGGUUCGCGAUGCCGAUGCGCCAUACUUACUCGAUCUGCAACUUUUCCUUGGCCGCAAAUUGUGCGUUGGCCGAGCGAGCAGCGAAGCUGUCAACUUUGCGCAAGAUGUGGUCGUGGGAAGUCUACACCGGGAAGAAUUACAAACAUCCUGCGAAUGGGUGACAACGUCAUUAGAUAGCGAUGUUGAUCUUUCGGCUCUCCGGUCGGUCGCCACGAAAGGCGAAAAGCUAUAUCAACGGACCCGAAAUUCCGCAUCGUCUGAAAGUGCGAAGAGGGCGAAAGCCCUGAUUCCCUCGGAGGGCUGGUCUGAGUUACAUCCCUUGUUCAAUGAACAAGAAGACGAUCUCGAAGUACAGAGAGAAAAGAUGCUCGCACGUGUCGGCGGCUUCCGACCACAAGAAUCUAUUUUCGAGAUUGGUGCCCGUCGCGGUGGCAGGAAGAACCAGGAAGAGGCAAUUGACGCCAUCCGAAAGAUUCGCUCUGGUCUGGAUAUUCGGAGACAAAAGUCCCUCGAAGCUGCACAGACCAAAUCGAGAGUCGACGAUGAAGACAUCAACGACAACGAGUCCGAACCAGAUGUCGACUUUGAUGAUAUGUCACAAGCAUCCUCUACGGAGCUCGAAGUUACCUUCUCUGAACCACAUUCCAAGAAACAAAAAGCAUCCAACUCAGUGGAGGACGGCAUGGCCAAUUCUUUCCGUGAUCCUGAGAAUUUCAUGUCCUACCAGCCGACUUCGACCGACCUCACCGAUGAUCGCGCGUACGGUGUUCACUCUGGAAGCAACACGAACUUCGCAGAAGCUGCGCGCUCCGCAACUAUGGAUCUUGCUCAGGACGAGGCGGGAAAGACCUUUGGCGAGGCUCGCAGCAUCAUGCGCUGGGACAAGCGGCACAAAAAGUACGUGCGACGAGAAAAUGAUGACGACGGCUCCAAAGGCAAGCGCUUAGUCAAGGGCGAAUCUGGCGCGAAAAUUGCGGCCAGUUUCAGAAGUGGUCGGUACGACCGGUGGAAGAAGGACAACCGUAUCAAGCGCGCACCGAGAAUUGGGGAGUUCGAGAAACAAAGUGUCGGUCCUGCGGCCGACGGCGGAGCGCGAUAUAGACAUAAGGCACAGAGAACACCAAAGGCCCCGGACAGGUACCGCGAGGAUUAUGAGAAGCAGGUGAAGAAGGUUGCAGGUGCUAAGGAACGGCAGGAAGCUGCGGGAAUGGGCACGAAAGGUCGAAAGGAGUUGAGGUCGGUCGAUCAUAUGGUCAAAGAGCGGCAGGCGAAGGAGAAGAAGAGGGAGAAAAAUGCCAGGCCAAGUCGGAAGAGGCAUUGAUGGCCAUCAUAGCUUUCAAUACCAUGAGAGGUGUCAGCCUUGAUGAGCACCAGCUGCCAGCAUUGCCAUUCUACUGGUCGACAAGCCUUCUUUCCAAAAACGCGAUCUGCGAUUCGUCCAUGUGUUUUCGCAAAAGGGUCGAAAUGCCCGCCACGAAGCAGGUUCACUCCGGGUCUCCGAGGUCCAGAGCGUCAGUGUUGCUAUCGGAAAUCAAGUAACGAGGAGGAAGUUUCGUCGA